GUUUCCAUUCUCUGCCGAAGCGCGAGCAGUUGGCUUCUCAUACACUCGUAACUUGCCAAUUGUAAAGCUUGCAACCAACUGUCCCUCUCCUGCGGCGUGUUGGCACCAAGUUGCUGAUAGACGCCGCCGUCGAAUACUACGAUUCAUUGAAUUUCGUUAUCGCAUUGUUUUCCCUACGAUGCUGGCGGAGUUCGAGGAAUGGCCUGCACGCGCACGUCACAAUCCGACACAUUCGGAACUCUUCGUUGGCGUUGUCGUCAGCUGCUGCGAAAACUUUUCCGAAAUAGCUUUCCCGCUCGCGCUUGUAAAUAUUAUCGUUCGCUCAUCUCAGCACCGCAAACAUCAUAGACGCACGUGAAUAAUCUUCGGCGCAUCGAGGAAAGCUGAAAUCGGCAAUAAAGACUAAAGUUGGAUCAAAGCUCAUCUAGCUAAAGCUGACGUAACUGGGCUUACGCACGAGCGCGCGAUUCGACGAUAUAUCAGGCGCGAUUAUUUAACGACAGCUGUCGAUGAGUGUCGAGCUUUACUUUGUCCACCAGGCCGGAAUUACUUACGCCGUAAAUAAAUUGUAACGCCGACGUCGCGAUUCUUAUGCGGCGAAGAUUAUUUCGAAGUAUCAUUGAUCGCUCUUGCGUGUACGCCGGACAGUGUAAAUAUAACCGCGAAAAAUCAAAUCUCAUACGAAAGGUGCGCUGCUUAGCCUCACGGAACUGCUCUAAGAAGGGUUUACGGUGGUGCGAUUGAUAAACUUUGACCAUCUCGCAAAAUGGUAAACUAGCGAGUGAAUUGUGAAGUAUUUAAUAAGAUGAAGGCGCUGUAAAAAAGACAAAGAUGGAGAAAUUUCUCGUUGCUUCAAAAAAUUGUUUGAUAAACGCCAAUGACUACCAACAAAUCCUGGUUGUCCUCGGUAACCCAACGUGCGACUUAGACUCGGCGGUGUGCGCAUUGGCGAAAGGUUACCUGGAGUACCGCGAACAAGCGGUAAGUCGAAUCACGGGAGUGAUUCCAGUGUUGAACGUGACGAGAGAUGAGUUCCGGUUGAGGACCGAAGUCGUCUACUAUCUAAAGCGUUGCGGCGUGCCGAGGGACCUGUUGACAUUUCGAGACGAGAUCAACUUGGAAGAGUUACGUGCAAGUGAAAAACUCCAGCUGAUUAUGGUCGACUACCACGCUUUGCCAGAGGAGGACGUGCAACUAGCAGAUAGCGUGAUUGAAGUAAUUGAUCAUCGACCACAAGAUGCCUCCUGGCCAUGGUCAGGUCGACGGCUUUGUCUUCAACUGGUCGGCAGCUGUGCUACCCUCGUUGCUCAACAGAUACUGCAACGUUGCCCGGAUAUUCUCACUGAGCUUGCUUGUCUGCUCAAGGGGCCAAUCUUGGUGGACACGGUGAACUUGUCUCGCGAAGCAGCCCGAGCAACGCCACUGGACCACGAGAUAAUGGAACGACUCGAGCAGGCAACGACGGCGAGGACGACUGCGAGCGGAAGAAGCCUCGUGGAAAAGAACGAAGAGACGAUGGACGAAAGGACUAGAGUCUAUCGGGACAUUCUGGCGGCCAAGACCGACAUAAGCGAACUGACACCCGGAGACCUGCUAAUUAGAGACAUGAAAGUCGCCAAUGGAAUCCCGAUACCUGGCUUUCCCAUUCUCGUCAAGGACUUUAUGGAGUUGGAAGGGGCAAUGGAAGCACUCGAUGCGUUCUGCGUCUCACGCAACUAUCGACUGGUCGUACUUAUAGGUUUGGACCUGAAGGAGGACAAGGUGACGAGGGACAUUGCCGUCUAUUCGCUGCUUCCCGAUCAAGCGACAGAUAAACUAAUCGAGGCGCUGCUCACCGCUGAAAGGCCCAGCAGUCUACAGCUGACGGAGUCGGGGCGCGUGCAACGUGGACAAAACUUACUGCUGCACUACCACCAGGCCAACGCGCGGGCUUCGCGCAAGCAAAUACUGCCGAUUAUACAAAGCGCCGCUGCCGCCACUGACGAGUGCAAAUAACGCGCACCGCUCCGUGGCCCUCCGCUGACAUCAACGACGAACUAAACAUCUGCUAAUUAUCCAGCCUUCCCUGCCUACCCGCCUGUUUUCAACUUGGUCAGCGGCUUUUUCUCUUUUCCCUGCUGUGCUUCUACGACCAAUUCAUUCCAUUUUAUAUUCGCGUCAACAAUAAACACACCUACGUGUUAUUAGGAAGAUCGACGCUGACUAUUACUUUCAUGCGUUCGUAGAUAUCAGUGCCCUCCGUUAUUCGACAUUCUCUUAUGUAACACGAAUGUCUUCGUCAACGUAACAUAAUACUUUCGAUUGCCAGCUUUUAAGCGUAAAUGCCCGCGUUCGCGUAAGAUUUAAUCGAACGUACGGAGGAAUUUUGAUUCGCGCACUCUGGCCCGAAUGGAAGGAAGUGGCUGAUGCGUGCUUAAUAUUGGCAAGUUGCUGUAUUUGAUGCAUCGCGGUGCAGACACGACUGCAGACUCGGCGUUUCAAGCGCCAAGGACUGUCAGAAUCUACUUCAAUGACACUUUCGGCAAGCUCAACGUCGUUUUUCGACAAUUCAGCGAACUCGACGAAUGCGUCGCGACUGUGACCAGCCAACCGCAGAUAAUAUGUCUCACGCCCGACGUAAAGUGGCGAUGAGAAUGAACAUUCGAAAGUUAAAAUGUUACUUUGAUUGUUUAUUUAUUAGAAAUUCCAGAAUAUGUUUUCCAAGAUGCAACUGCACUACCAUCUAAAUAGUAAUUCCAUUAACACUAUACGAACACGAUAAUGAAAUUCAAUUUAAACAUUGCUGUAUUUCGUUCGUUUACCAAAACGUAGGACUGAUAUUUCUUCAAGUUUUAAAACUAUCGUCUUUUAUAACAUGAACCUAAAAAUGAAAAAAGGUUUACUUCAGCUUGUCGCCAUUACAACGCCUCAAUCUCGUAAAGUUAAGCGAUUUAUGAUCAAGUUUACAAAUCCAUUACAUAAUAGCACCUAACCCCGGCCGUGAAACGAGCUGAAUUAGCACCGUUAUUAAAAUAUCGCUGAGCUGGGCAUACUUUCACCAUUGGCUCUUCAAGAAUAAGCUGCCUAUUUACAAUCGCCAUGACACGAUGGCAAGUAUAGAGCUGUCCGCGACGACUUCAGCUAUCUUAUUUUUCUACCUACUUGACACACUCACGGUUGUUGAGCAGUUGCAUUCCCGUCUAGUAUUUUCAGUCGAUUAAGUUUUAAAAAUUGAACAGAUUAAUAUUACAGAUUAAACUGACAAUUCUACUCCAAAAUUCAGCAAGAAAAUUUAACAAGAGCGCAAUAUCUUUAAUUUAAGUAUUUUGCUAAUUUUCGAUUUCUUUCUCGUUCAACUAAUUACCAACUGCUUAAUGUUUUGACAUGCGAAUAAUGAAUUUGCACACUGAAUUAUCGCAGCUGGUAUGAUUAUUGACUCUUCAAAUCUGUCUGUAAAGUUAGUGUACCUGAGUUGAGAUUAAUCGCGAAAUGCAAAUCACAGUUCUACGCGCCUAUGAAAUUGUAUUAAACGUACUAAAAUGAAAUAUUCAUAUAUUUUAAAUUCAAAUGGUAGAACGUAGAUACGUACUAUGACCGCGUAUGCUUUGCGCAAUAAAUUAGAUUCGAUAAAACAUGUCAUAUAUUAUGACAACGAUGGACAUUCAUAAAUACAUUUAUAUUCUAUAUCUCAUCAUUUUCCAAUAUCAAUAAAUUCGAUCGAAUGAAAAUAAUAGAGAUACUAUCUAUUUAUAUUAUAUUACUCUGAAUGAUGAUUUAGUUGCAGUACUUGAAAAAUAUCACGUUGCAAGGUAUUGUUUUUACGCGGCAGAUAUCUUUGUAAACGUCUUUAACUAUCUUAGCGAUAAUUAUAUUGUUAUGGGCUCCUCAUAAAUUUACAUCACUUUUGAAAUUUAUUGCCUGUGCUCAAAUAAUCUGUUAACUUGACCAACGCAUGAAAACUUCUACAAAAUCCAUUAAAUGUUUCGCGACUGCGAAUGAAUAAAUAAUUAUUUAUCAAGGGUCGCAAUCGCGAAUCAAUAGGCGAAGAGUUAAUAAAUUGAGAGUCACAGGACAUUAUAUGAGAUAAGUUCAGUCUAAAUUUCAAAAAAUAUGACCGUAAAUUUCCCAAACUACAAAAUGUUUUCUGUUUGAUCACGUUUUUCAGCAUAACAAUCGAUUAAAAGCAGAGAAAUGAUUUUUUUCAAAUUGAAAGGACAAUUUUAAGAUAUUGUAUAAUUAAAGCCACAUAAAUCUUUAUCUCGUAAAUCACGAAAAUGUUUAUAGAUAAUUACAAGAACGAAAUUAUAAAAUUUAAAAGCCAAACAUUAAAAAUUUUUAUGUUAAGACAAAAAUAUUGUAAAUGGUGCAAGUAGUGAUUUACGUGUUGAAUGUUUUAACUACCUUAUAUUUGUACUCUCUUGAACAAAAACAAAACAAAUUUUUAAGUUUUUGUAUCUGUUCGAGUUAUUGUUUACUUUAUUUGUUUGUAAGAAGUUCUACAUUCUUGAGCUCAAACGUUCAUGGUUCAGUUUACGUUUUGUUGUUUUUAAGAAUUACACAUUCUUGAGCUCAAACGUUCACGGUUCAGUUCGUAGUGUAAAUACUGAAUUUCAAAAAAUUGACGUAGAUUUUUAUUGAAACCUAUAUAUUUACAACUUUCUAUGGAAUUUUUAUUUAUAAAAAUGUUACGCUUAUAUAUCUCGCUUAAAAAAUAUGGUUUUCUCAACAAAAGUACUUGAUAAUUGAAAAACGAGUUCUGAAUGUAAUUGAAUAUAAGUACAAUUUAUUUAUGAACUUAUGUUGGUAUAUACAUUUUACAUCGAUUUUUGCUUGCAGACAUAUUUGAAGAAUAUGUUUGUGUAGGAGUCAUACUCAUUGCUAAAGGUCAAAUAGAGGGUCUCAUCUAUAAACAUAGUCGUGUUUCAAUUUAUUGCACUACUUUUAGUUUAAUUAUUAAUUAAUUAAUUAUUUGAUUCAAUUAAUUAUUCAGUUAUUUAACUUUAUUAUUGAAAUUUCAAAUAACAAGAUUAAAUUAACUAUUUCGAAGGAUUCAAGUCAGCAUUGUUUGAUAAAUACUAUCAACAAAAAUAUUUUUUUGUAGUUCUCAAAAAUUGAAAAAUUAUGGCAUACAUGGCUACGUUCUUACUUGUUUUGUACAGAUCAUUUAAUGGAUAUUUAAAAUCACAUAUAAGGUUUUCAUUCGUUUCAAUUGAAUGAAACGAAAAUUGUUAAUAGAUUAGUUCAGCAUUUUGAGAACAAUUUUUAUUGUUCUUUAUUAUAAGCAGUAUUGAUGAUUAUUUCACAUAUUUAAUACAGUUCCUAAUCACACACUAGAAAUUUGAAAAUAAUUGUAGUCAUGUAAAAAAUCUGCUAGUUACUCUAGAGAAGGUUGUGAAAUUAAUUUUGUCAUUACAAAUGCAAUAGAUUUGAAUUUGUUUAAUAAAAUAUCAGAUUCAGGUUGACAUUUAUCAACUUACUAUUGUGAAAUAAUUAUAUGCCCCUAUAUAUACUAGCAAUACUAGCAAUAACUUUUCUGGAUCUGACUACAGUGUUUAAUAUCUUCAAUUAUGGAAUUAGAGGACGUACUUACAAUAUUCUUGAAAAAUACUUAAGUAAUAGAAAACAAAGAAUAAAAAUAGAUAUUAAUUAUAGGUCUUAUUAUAGCUUAUACUCUAAAUAUAGGUGUUCCAUAAAGUACAAUAUUAGGACCUUCACUGAUCAUCAUUUAUAUUAACGAUAUGCUAAAUACCAUGUCUGUAAUUUGCCAGUUAAUACCGGAGAAUGUUCAGUAUGUUAAAA